UCAUUUCACCAGAUGUGUCAUGGUCCUUCUUACUGUGUAACUGUAGAGAGAUCACUAAGGGGCCUUGAGGUCUAGAUGCAACUCUGUCCCUGUCCCUCCCAGGGCACGACUGCUCUAGGCUUUAGUUUCUCACUUGCAAAAUCAGAGGUUUGGGCUAGAUAAUGUCUGAAGCCUUUCAACUCUCACUAUGUAUGGUGUCCUAGGAGACUUCUCCUUCUUUCUCUUCCUGGAUCCUUGUCUACUGCCUCCAAGUAUUUCUGUUUGUGUAUUUAUUUCCUUAGAUCAUCUUCCGGAGGGAAGGGAGCUGAAGUGCCACACAAGAUGCUUGUCAUUUGUGAACCCCAGAAGCUGCAGAUUCUAUAUGAAUCCCUGGAAAAGAGUAGUCCUGAGUCCCUAAAGGUGAGAAAUGCCAUUUUUAACGUGAAAAACAAACGGAGGUGCUGGUUGGAUGCCUGGCCAGAUUAUCAGAGUGUCAUUACGUGGCCUAAGAAACAGGAGAUGAAGAAUGACCUGGAUCACUGUACCAACACCUAUCACAUCUUCACCAAAGAUCCUGACAAGUUAGAGGAAGUCCUGAGAUGUCUGCAAGCUAUGAACUGGGAACAAGUCUUCCAGAUCCAAGGUUGCCAAGAGAGCGUGGAAAAAGCAAUAAGAGAGGUCUCAGCUUCAAAAUUAGUGCAGGUGGACUACAGGAAGACCAUGCUCUGUGUAACAAAACUGCCAAUGAAACACAAGACUUCAAGUGAUGAUGAGAUGGAGCCAUCGAAGUCAUUUAAAAUGUGUAAACUGGAUGAAAAUAACAGUUUUUCUUCUCAGGAAAUAAACUUUCAGAGCAUCUUCUUGGAUAGCUCACAUGCAGAGCUUGUGAAUGAACAGUGGCGUUUUGGGAAAAAUGAGCAGAGCUUGAAAUAUAUCCAAUGCUGCCUCCAGAAUUUUCCAGGAUUUGGUGUGGUAGGUCCAGAGGGUGCUCCCACCUCCUGGAUUGUUAUGGAACAGUCUUGUGGGUUAAGAAUGGGUUACACUGUCUCCAAAUACCAGGGCCAAGGCAACAUGUGGCAAAUUGGUUCUCAUUUUGGAAAGUUUCUUACUCAGAAAAAUAUCCCAUUUUAUUUACAUGUACCACAUGAUAAUGACAAAACCCAAGACACACUAAAAAGUUUUGAGUUUAAAGUUGCCCCUUGUGGCUGGCAUCAGGGGAUAUGCACACCGCAGAAAUAUUGCUGAUUAGCACUAGUGCCCAUUUCAAACCUUCCUAAGCAGGGUAAAGGAAUCAAUACAAACACUACCUAAGCCCACUUCUUAAACAACCUUCUAUCCUCACCCUCCUCCAUAUCCUUACAAAAAAUUAGAAGCUUGACGCUUCAGAGUCAUAUUUUUUCUUCAUGGUGACAGACAUCUCAAAAUUAAAAUCAUUCAAUGUCAAUCAUUUUUGCCAGGAUAACCUUUUAAAAGCAAUACAUUCUUCUUUGAAGAAGACUACCUCCAUGAAAGAAUCCUGCUUCUGAGUUUGAAAAUAAAAAGUCUGUUU